UUUAUAUUCCUAAAGAAAAUAAAGAAAGCACUCAAGCACUAGCUAGGGUUUAUAUAUUCAGUUCUUGAAGAAUGCAAAAUCUUAAUUUAGCAGUAAUUAGUUUAAGAAUGCUUCUAAUUUUUGUUGCUCUCCUUCCAUUUGCUUCUUGCUUAUCUCAUGAAGUUGCCUUGGAUCACAAGUCAAGUCCUAAGUUAAAAUCUGAUGUUGCUCUUCAUGGAAUUUUGUUAUGGCUCUCCAUGGGAUUUUUAGCACCACUUGGUAUACUCAUUAUUAGAAUGUCCCAUAGAGAAGAAGGUGGGAAAAAGAAGGUUUUCUUCUAUCUUCAUCUAGUUUUGCAGGUACUGUCAGUGCUUCUUGCCACAGCUGGUGCUAUAAUGUCCAUAAAAUCCUUUGAGAAUGCAUUUGAUAACAAUCACCAAAGGAUAGGUCUAGCACUUUAUGGGGCUAUUUGGGUCCAAGCUAUCAUUGGAUUUCUAAGACCUCUUAAAGGGAGUAAAAGAAGAGGCACAUGGUACUUUUUACAUUGGUUACUUGGAACAAUAAUCUCUCUAAUUGGUAUCAUCAACAUAUACACAGGCUUGAAUGCAUACCACAACAAAUUAUCAGCAAAAACAAGAAUUUGGACCAUACUUUUCACUGCCCAAAUCUCAUUCAUGUCAUUUUUCUAUCUUUUUCAAGACAAAUGGGUAUAUUUGCAAAAACAAGGAGUGAUUUUAGGAGAUAUUGAUGAGCCAAAUCCAAUGCUACCAGCCAAUCAAGUCAAUCCUCAAAGUGAUGCUCAAAAAGUGUUGGUGCUUGAAGCUUGUAGCAAGAGAAAUGCACUCAAAAAUUUAUUUGACUAAUUAAUUAAUAUUUUAAAAAUAUAGGACUAAUUAUUAGUUAUAAACUUAUAAAUAUUUGUUUCAUUUUCAAUUACAUUUCAUAAUUUCUUUACAAUUUA